UUUCAGCGAAGGACGUGUGCACAAAUGGAUGAUGCUGAGGAGCCCGACGCAGCAUCCACUUGACCCUCUGUGUUGAAUUGUUUGUGUAUUCGUGUUGCCUUUUAAGUACAUUUCCCUGCAAAAGCAACCGUGCGGCUGUAACAAUGUCGAUGUCAACAUUUCAAAAGGUUACGCUCGUGUCUUGUCUCGUGCUCUGCGUUGCUCUUCUGCUUCCGAAAAUGCUCCUAGGCGGAGGGAAGGGUGCACAGACCGAGGGUUCAGGACGGUUUCCUCCCAUGGUGCACCGGCAGAUGGCUCCAGACAGUCAGGGCCAGAGGGCUGCUGGCUCCACCAGGGCACACAACACCGAGGCUAUCGCCAGGGCUAAGGGGGGUGGGGGCACAGGGGUAGGGACCGGGGGCAAGUCCAACCUGGCAGGGCAGAUCAUCCCCAUCUACGGCUUUGCGAUCCUUCUUUACAUCCUCUACAUCCUGUUUAAGAUAACCUCAAAGGGGAAGUGCGCUGUACCUUCUGAACCCAGAUUUCCCUCAGUGAGAGCAGAGAACCGGAAGAGAAAGAUCACGGACUUUGAGCUGACUCAGCUGCAGGAUAAGCUGAGGGAGACAGAGAUGGUGAUGGAGAGGAUUGUGUCCAAAGCCAGCUACAGUCCUGAAAGGGUGACAGGGGUGAGUGCCGACCAGGAGGAGAGACUGCUUCUCCAGCUGAGAGAGAUCACGCGGGUGAUGCAGGAGGGCCGCCUGGUGGAGGGGGUUGCCCCCGCAGAUAUGGGGGCACAACACUGGGAAGGUUUCCCAGAGGAUCCCCAUCCAUGCUGGGAAGAGCCCUUCUGUGGAUACGACCAUACCCAGGCGACCAGCACCGAAGAGCAGCCAGAGAGGACCGACGAGUAUGGGGCUGACCAGGAGGGUGGGGCUUACCAGGAGAAGGGUGGGGCUUACCAGAAGGAGGGCGGGGACUACCAGGAGGCAGGUAGGGCUGACCAGGAUAAGGGUGGGUCUGACCAGGAAGAGGGUGUGGCAAACGAGGAGAGUGGGGUUGACCAGGAAGAGGGCAGGGCUGACCAGAAAGAGGUUGGGCUUAACCAGGAAGAGAGCGUAGUUGACCAGGAGGUGGUUGGGGUUGACCAGGAUGAGGGCAGGGCUGACCAGAAAGACGUUAGGCUUAACCAGGAAGAGAGCGUAGUUGACCAGGAGGUGGUUGGGGUUGACCAGGAUGAGGGCAGGGCUGACCAGAAAGACGUUGGGCUUAACCAGGAAGAGAGCGUAGUUGACCAGGUGGUGGUUGGGGUUGACCAGAAAGAGGGCAGGGCUGACCAGAAAGACGUUGGGCUUAACCAGGAAGAGAGCGUAGUUGACCAGGUGGUGGUUGGGGUUGACCAGGAAGAGGGCAGGGCUGACCAGAAAGAAGGUGGGCUUGACCAGGAAGAGAGCGUAGUUGACCAGGAGGUGGUUGGGGUUGACCAGGAAGAGGGCAGGGCUGACCAGAAAGACGUUGGGCUUAACCAGGAAGAGGGCAGGGCUGACCAGAAAGACGUUGGGCUUAACCAGGAAGAGAGCGUAGUUGACCAGGUGGUGGUUGGGGUUGACCAGGAAGAGGGCAGGGCUGACCAGAAAGACGUUAGGCUUAACCAGGAAGAGAGCGUAGUUGACCAGGAGGUGGUUGGGGUUGACCAGGAAGAGGGCAGGGCUGACCAGAAAGAAGGUGGGCUUGACCAGGAAGAGAGCGUAGUUGACCAGGAGGUGGUUGGGGUUGACCAGGAAGAGGGCAGGGCUGACCAGAAAAAAGGUGGGCUUGACCAGGAAGAGAGUGUAGUUGACCAGGAGGUGGUUGGGGUUGACCAGGAAGAGGGCAGGGCUGACCAGAAAGACGUUAGGCUUAACCAGGAAGAGAGCGUAGUUGACCAGGAGGUGGUUGGGGUUGACCAGGAAGAGGGCAGGGCUGACCAGAAAGAAGGUGGGCUUGACCAGGAAGAGAGCGUAGUUGACCAGGAGGUGGUUGGGGUUGACCAGGAAGAGGGCAGGGCUGACCAGAAAGAAGGUGGGCUUGACCAGGAAGAGAGCGUAGUUGACCAGGAGGUGGUUGGGGUUGACCAAGAGGGCAGGGCUGACCAGGAGGAGGGUGCGGCUGAGGAUGAUGUAGGUGUAGCUAAGGCAGGGGCUGAUUUGAAUACUGAUGAGGAGGGAGGUGCUGAUUUGGCCACUGGGAAUGAGGAAUGUGGGGCUAAGCGUGAUGUGGGUGGGACUGAAAUGGAGAAAGCAGGAAUGGACAGGGAGGAGGGUGGGGCCAAUGACAAGCUGGGUCUGGCUGAUGAAGACAGGGGUGGUGCAGAGGAGGAGCUUACACUGAAGAUGCCCACCAUGUUGGAGCGAGAGGAAAAGGACGGUGUUAACCUGUCAACGGAGAUGUCAACUAGCCGUUCUCGUGUUAGAAGGAAAAGGAACAAGAAGCAGAAGAAAUGACCAAAAGAAAACAGAGUUGAUUGACUUCCCCCAAAUUCCUUCCUAUAAUUGGGAAAGUAGAGUGCCCCCCACAAACUUGAGUCUGGCUAUGCCCGUCUAGCAACAUUUCUUCCUAGCCUCCAAACAGGAUGGGCCAUAGCAUGAAGGUUAGCAGUAGCCAGUCUAUAAACAUAGGAUCAAAAAGCUCCACCCGAGAAAGAUGGUAUCUCUUCCUAAGUGACAGUCUGAAGCAGAAGUCAUACCCACAGUAUUGUACCAAUGCUUUGUUCAGAUGUUCACUAUCGCAUAAUAGCUUUGGCACAAUGCGCAUUACAAUGAACUGAAUGAUUUGGAAGGCACUGUGCUCCUACGGUCUUGAUUCACAUCUGGGCUUGAGAGUAUGCUUGUUGUCCUCUUAGUGCAAUAAACCAUAAUUAGAAUACAUGGGAAUGAUCUUAUUUCAUGGGUAUAAGUUAUUGAAAAAGCAUCCACUUUUAUACACCAUUUACUCACUACUGAUGACUAUAUACCCGUAUGUCAGCGUUACAAAAAAAGUAACUACUGUGGAAUCUCACAAAUAAAAUAUGCUGGUUUGACAACAA